AUGGCCCGAGUGGCGGACGAGGUGAAGGUCGCCCUGCGCCAACUCGAGCACGAUGAGCGAACGCAAAAGCAUCGCAUGGAAGCGCUUGUGAAAGAGGCCACGAAAGCGCUGCAGCAAUCUGAUACGGUCGUGCAUGAGCACACGGCGCCCCCUCUUCAUCGGGCUCAGCGACACGCGCACGCCAUCGAGUCGCGCUUCCAGUCCACGACACACACGGCGCAGCAGCUGUAUCACGACUUGAAUGUGCUCUACGAAGAAGGGAACCGAAUUCAGCUCUCCCUACAAUGGUGCAACGAGGCGGUACAGCUGCGUACAUCGCUAGGUGCGCUCGCCGACGCCCUCGAACGCCUCGAUUGGGAUGCCUGUGUUCGCCAUUGCCAGCAUGCGUCGAGCGUCCCUGCAGACGUACUGCACAGCGACUUUGUCCGCACAGUCGUGCCUACAGCCAUGCACCCUGACGCACCACCUCAGCUCCUGGCUCAUCUGCGCGCCUCCCUCAUCGACAAGAUGGCACAGCAAUUCGCUCAUUAUGCCAACGCACGCGACGAAGCUCAAGCUACGCGUUUCCUUGCAUACUUCGCUGCCAUCCAUGCACAUGAGCAGGGCCUGGCUGCUUAUAGUGCAUUUGCGUGCUCGCUUCUCGAAGCGUACGGCCAUGAGCUCGAAGAGCGCCUGCGCUCGCCCUCGGCGAAUCCCCUCUUCUUCGGCAUGCUGUGGACAGCACUUCACGAGUACCUCGCUGUUUUUAUCAGCAAGCAUCAGCCCGUGGUGGAUCAGCUGCUGGGACAGCCCGGCCACUGCGACUUUAUGCAAGGCGUGUGGCCUGCGCUAGAGCGCGUGUGGUCCUCGUUCGCCUUGCGCAUUCUAGAGGCUUGGCGCGCCGAGCGGAACGUGGAUCAGCUCGUCCGCGACGCUCAAGAUGAGCGAUUCACACCUCUCGAAACGAUUCGCGCUUCGCCGUACACACCCGGACGCAUAUACGAGCACCACCGCGGCGGUGGAUCCGAGUAUCUCGCUGUGGACGCGCUCCUCAAUGAAAUGGUGUCAUUUAGCGCGCAGUGGUCCCUCUUGAUGCAGUUCUUGCGUCGCUCCACACUACCUACGGACGCAGCCGUAUUCGAUGGACGCCUGGCGCGUACCAUCCAGGACACCAUGCUUCACGUGUUUGUGCCGCUACAAAUGUAUGCCUUGCAGGCGAAUGUACAGCAAGUCCACAUGCUAGAUACACCCGACGUGCAGUCACUCCCCUACGCGAGCUCCCUGCCUGAUGACAUGUUCUUUGCCCUGCGUACCGUGCUUUCUCGCUCACUGUCCACGUCGUCCGUCGAUGUCGCUGAGCGCAUCGUGUCUCAGGCGGUGGCCAUGGUCGAGACGUACUUUGUGGAAAUCGUCGUGCUGCGGAUGGAUGGAUGCCGCCGUGCGCUGAACAUUUCCCGCCUCGUGGACGGUCCACGUCGUGCGGCGGCUGCGCGCGAAGUACGUACGACCCUCUGUGUCUAUCUCAAUGUCCUGGACAUAUCGGCUUCCUACUCAGACCGUAUCCUGGCGCUCUUGUCGCAACCCUCGUUCCUUGAAUCAUGUUUUGCAGGCGGUGAUGCCGACAGCCCCCUCGCUAUCGCGCAAGGUAUCGUGAGCCGUCUUGGCACGCUCUCACCCAAAAUUCGGACGGCGCUGCAGUUCGAAAUAGACGAGCUGUACCGCGCUUUGGUAGAGCCCCGACUCCAAGCCCUGCUGUCGGACAUCUUCCGUGACCUAAACUACAAGCUGAACGAAGCGUCGUAUGGCCAAUUGCCAGAGGCUCACACAUUGACGGAGCGUCUGCGCACUGGAUGGGACGCACUCAUGACGGGCUAUCGAGAUCAACUGACCGAGUCAAACUAUGCCUCGCUCUUCUCCAUGGCCGUAGAUGCGCUCGUGCGGCCUUGGGAACAGCUUGUAUUCCAACUGACCUUCACCGAGCUCGGUGCCCUGCGCUUCGACAAGGACGUGCGUGGUGUGCUCACCAUGCUGAGCGAGCGGGCUCCUUGGGGCCUUCGGGACAAGUUCUUACGACUGCAACAGGUAUCGUACGUCCUCAAUAUGGACGAGGAAGAAACAGACACGAGCGACGCCUACGAGGCUGGCGUGUCUAGCGGCAUCUCAUGGCAACUGACGCCUGCCGAAGUUCAGAACGUGCGUGCACUGCGUGUCACAUCUUGA